AUGUUUUCAAUCGGUGAAGAUAGUAAUACUAAAAAAAAAGGAAAACAAGCAACAAAAGGUGAUGCACAAAUAGUCAAAGAUAAUGCGCAAACAAUAGAAUUUUACAAAAAAAUUCUAAUGAUUGCUAAUAUCACUUUUAUUGCUGUUCAAUUUAUUUUUUAUUUUAUUACGGGACUUUCGCAUGUUUCUCUCAUACUCUUUGUAUUAUCAACUGCUAUUGGAUGGUAUGUAUGGUCAUUUAUGCGUCAAGUUGGAACACAAAAAUCAACUGGUAGUGUCACUGAUCUAAAUCUUGAAGGCAGUAUUUCUGAAUAUGCGAAAGAUAUUAUAUUGACAAUUGUUAUUACUCAAUCUACUAGUCUUUUACAUCGAUAUUUUUGGUGGUUAAUUUUAGCUAUUCCAUUUUAUGCUAUCUAUAAAGGCAUCAUGCUUUUUUUCUUUUCACCUUAUGCUCAAUUACGUGGUAGCGGAAAUAAUCAAAAUGAAGAUGAUCAAUCAGAUGGAAAAAAGGGUAGCAAAAGAAAAAUUGUUCGUGUUGCUCGACAUUAA